UAGUGUUGUAGCAGUAGGAGGAGCGUGGCCAGGCCUUAAAGAAGAGGAUUGAUUAUGGCACUAUUCAUAGUUUUGGGGUUGUAAUAGUUUUUGACCAAGCUUUGACUUGUUAGUGCAAAUUAGGGCAGAGGGUAAAUGAGCUGGCAGAUACCGACCUUUCAGAAGGGACCACGUGAGCAGGGUUCCUCCCCCCUCUUCUCCAAAAAAAAAAAAAAGUUCCAUUUUUUUCUUCCAAGGACUGCUAGCCCUUUUGUAGGAGAGGGUACUCCCUCAAUCCCCAAUAAAACAUUGGGUUACUGCACUAAUAAAUUGUACUACUCACGCUACUUGAGCUGCAACCCAGCACGUGAAAGAGAGAGGCCUCCAGCUCCCUUUCCUCUGUUCUACUUCUACCUCCCCCCCUGCCUCUCAGGUGACAAAUGGGUCGGGUCAGGUCGUACUGGUUGAUAGGUGACGAUGAGUUGAUCAUAGUGGAGUGUUGGACCGUAACAAAAGAGACAUGGAUCGGGGGGAAAUACGCUGCAAAGUUGUAAAUCGUCAAGGUUAAAUCAUGACGAUUAAUUGAUUACAUUUCAUAAAUGUUAUAAUGUUAGAUAUUAUAAGGUACGUGGUAAACCAGAAUCGUACUUUGCAGUAUAAACAACAGACUGAACAGAGCAUUGUGAAGGAAUUUUAGAUAUGUCUGUCGGGAUGUGAUGUUAAGUGUUUGACGGUGACGGAAAGGGAGGGGAAGGAGGAGUUAAAAUGAGGGGGGCCAUUAAGGCCCAAGGGCACU